CUGUAAACUCGCCUUGUCCGCCAUCGGCCUUCCUCCACAGGUAAUGCAUGCAGCUCCAGCUCACUGACGAAGCUCCCGUGGGGCUUGGAGUGGGAGGAGAUACAGAUGCAGCUAAGGUUGUAUCACAUUCGGAGCAAAAUCGAAAAUAUACCUCCGUGACAUAUUCUCAAGAUCUCUUUCUCCCUCUCAUUCAUGUGUCGGUGAUACUCCAUCAUCCAAACUCGCAAAAUGAGGCACGCACGCUUACUAGCAACGAGGAUACCUCAUUCCCGCCGGGAAUUCUCCUCUUCCAGCGCCAGGCGAGCCAUCAACAAGAUAUGCGACUCGGCACAAGAAGCGAUCAAAGACAUGAAAAGCAGCACCACGCUGCUGGUAGGAGGAUUUGGAUUUUCCGGUGUCCCGAAUUCUCUUAUCAAUGCCUUGAGGGAUAGGAAGGAUUUACAGGAUUUCACGGUGGUGUCGAAUAAUGCUGGGAUGCCGGGCGUUGGGUUAGGCCAGUUACUAGAAACGAGGCAGAUUAGCAAAAUGAUAGCUUCGUUCAUUGGUGAAAACAAGGCGUUUGAGAAGAUGUACAUUUCUGGAGACUUGGCACUGGAACUCACGCCUCAGGGGACAAUGGCUGAGAAAUGUGCUGCGGGUGCUGCUGGCAUACCUGCUUUUUACACUCCUGCUGCAUAUGGCACAAUUGUCCAAACCGGCGAACUCCCCGUCCGCUACAACCCCGACGGCACCAUCGCCAUCAAAUCCAAACCGAAAGAAACCCGCGACUUCAACGGCAAAUCCUACGUCAUGGAAGAGUCCAUCUUCGGCGACUACGCCUUCGUCAAAGUCCACAAGGCCGACCGAAUGGGCAACUGCACGUUCCGCCUCGCACAGAACAAUUUCAACGAAGCCAUGGGCAAGAACGCCAAGGUGACGCUUGUGGAAGCCGAUGAGAUUGUCGAGGUGGGCGAGAUCCAGCCGGAGAAUAUCCAUUUGCAAGGGGUGUAUGUCACGAAGGUUAUUAGGAGUACGGAGGAGAAGAAGAUUGAGAAGUUGACGUUUAAGAAGAAUAAAGAGGAGGCGAAGGAUGAGGUCGCCUCAUCAAACACCACAAGCCGCGAACGAAUAAUAAAACGAGCCGCCCAAGAAUUCACAGACGGUAUGGUUGUCAACCUCGGAAUCGGCAUGCCACUAAUUACACCCGCCUUCCUCGAGCCCGGCAUUGAAGUCGUCCUGCAAUCCGAAAACGGUAUCCUUGGUAUGGGCGGCUACCCUGAACCAGGCCAGGAAGAUCCGGAUCUGAUUAACCCUGGAAAAGAGACUGUUACACUUGCGCCUGGUGCGUCGCUGUUUGGGAGUCAUGAGAGUUUUGGUAUGAUUAGAGCGGGCAGGGUGGAUUUGACGAUGCUGGGGGCUUUGCAGGUUGGCAUGUAUGGUGAUCUUGCGAAUUUCAUGCUCCCAGGAAAGGUCAAAGGUAUUGGCGGAGCGAUGGAUCUCGUAGCCAACCCUGAAAAGACCAAAGUGGUAGUCACCAUGGACCACGUCGACAAAAAAGGCAACCCCAAAAUCCUCAAGCAAUGCACAUUCCCCCUCACUGGCCGAAAAUGUGUCUCGAGAAUCAUUACAGAGCUAGCUGUCUUCGACGUCAGUCAUACUGAAGGGUUGACACUGAUUGAAGUUGCGGAUAGGGUGAGUGUCGAGGACGUUAAGGCGAAGACGGAGGCGCCGUUUAGGGUUUCGGAGGAUCUGAAGACCAUGCAUGUGUAGGGAAGAUGUAGAUAGAUUGAGAUGC